UCUCGGUGGAUUUAGGCCUUCCUUAGUCUUUGAGUUAUUCUUAGCAUCAGUCACGUGCUCAACGCGCACACCGAAAAUAGAAAACAUGAUGCAUUACAUAAGCGCACACUUUUGCGGAUCAAGCGAAUAUUUUGACACCACUCUUCUUCCCAUCCAUUAGACGAGCAGCCUUUAGUCGCACAAGUCGUGGUAUAUCGUCUCUUGCUACCACUCUUACCUUGGAUAUCUUUACCAUGAGGCUUACUUCCCUCGCGACGCUUGCUACGCUCGCGACAUUUGCUAGCGCCUUGACGUUAGACAUCACCAGCUACGCUUCCAUUCAGCAAGCUACUUCCCUCUUAACCGUCGGGUUGAUGGACUACUAUGAUGGCUACAAGUACGGAGGAACGCCCGGGAUGUUCACCAGCCCGUACUAUUGGUGGGAGGCGGGCGGAGCCAUGGGUUCCAUGAUCGACAACUGGUUUUUGCUCCAGAACGACACCUACGAAGCCACGAUCAAAGAGGCUUUGUUGUUCCAGGUUGGGACGAAUUGGGACUACAUCCCGUUGAACCAAUCCACGACGGAAGGUAACGAUGAUCAGGCCUUCUGGGGCAUCGCGGUAAUGGGCGCGGUCGAGCGGAAUUUCACCAAUCCAGGUGCCGAUGAGCCCAGCUGGUUGUAUUUGGCCCAGGCAGUCUUCAACACUAUGGCUUCGCGCUGGGACUCGAGUAACUGCGGCGGUGGCUUGAGAUGGCAAAUUUUCCAGUGGAACUCGGGCUAUGACUACAAGAAUACGGUCUCUAACGGAGCGCUUUUCCAUAUGGGUGCGCGGUUGGCCAGGUACACGCAGAAUGAAACAUACGUUGAUUGGUGCGAAAAGGUCUGGGAUUGGCUUGUGGAUGUCCAGUUCUUGACCCAGGGUCAAUGGUGGGCGGUGUAUGAUGGCGCUGACAUCGAUGUUAAUUGUACGGAUGUGGUAAAGUUGCAAUGGACCUAUAACGUCGGUUUGUUGCUCGCAGGCACGGCUUACCUCUACAACCACACGGAAGAUGAGAUAUGGUUGAACCGUACCCUGGAGUUGCUCCAUGGUACUACUGUCUUUUUCAACAACUCGGUGAUGUUCGAGGUGGCGUGUCAGGGCUCGGGAAACUGCAACAACGAUCAGCGGUCGUUCAAGGCGUACUUCUCGCGCUUCCUCGGCUUGACCUCGAUCAUGGUUCCAUCCACCAAUGCCAUCAUCAGACCGCUACUCGAAGCGUCUGCCAAGGCCGCAGCUCAGAGUUGUUCCGGGGGAACUGAUGGCCACACGUGUGGGCUAGACUGGUCCCACGUGGGCUGGGACGGCUAUUACGGAUUGGGCGAGCAGAUGGCGGCGUUGGAGGUCAUCCAGAAUUUGUUGAUUACCGAUAGACCGGCACCGUACACCGCGACCAAUGGCGGGUCGUCUGUGGGGAAUGGUAACGCGGGAAUGACGUCCGGGAGAACAGCGCAAUCACCGUUGGAUCUUUCUGCAGGUGAUACUGCCGGCGGGAGUAUUAUUACCGCUGUGAUUGCUAUUUCAAUCAUUGGGGGUGGGGUCUGGUUGGUGCUUUAGCUUGGAAUCGCGUCAGUGAUUUUAUUUUUUUUCAGCGCAUGGAAAGCCCGAAAGGUGGUUUCUCAAGUUGCUAGACUAAUAUUUCUGUACACAUAACUAUACUAUGUUGCGUACGUUGGAGUGUGAGUAGAUUGCCCCAGGGAGAUCCAACUGAGCUGAAGUGUUUAUCAUACAUGGCCUCUGGUCACACAGGGGUUGCUAGAUUAUCCUGGCUUACCUUCGGCGAUGCUUACUUUUUUUGGGCUAAAAGCUCUAUGAUAGACAUAGGGGUAUUUUCAAGUCAUAGGAUCGCCCUUUCUGUAAUUAUCGUAUGUAUAUCGUGGAAAGCAUAAGCAUCGAGAAGAUCGAUUGAGGUGGAGCUUGGGACUUGUACUCUUGAAAUCUCCAGAGAGUUCGAGCUAUUUCUAGUUUCGUUAGAACUCCUUACGAUCUUUCCCAAAUUUGGAAGUAGUCCAGCAGUAUAUUUCAAAUCUAUGUAAUGAACCC